CUGUCACCCGGGAGUGAUCUGUGUAGUGAGACCUUGUUCACGACAACAAAGGGGAUUCCCCUAGGAAAUUCCCCGGCUUCGUAUGCCCAAAGAUUUUUAGAUUGUUCUGAACACUGUUUGAUGUGGACACUUUGCGUAAAUUAUUGUUACCUCCUGAAUUGAGUACUGGAAUUGAUCAACCAUGGCAGGUAACAGAGGCCCAAAAGAGAUUAAAAAAAUCUACAUUGUUAAUGAUAACGGUGUGUAUGACAGACAGGUUUUGAUGAAUAUUUCAAGUAUUCUUAGUGUUGAUAUGAGACAGUUACAAAAUGCCGACAUCCGCGUGAUAAAACAGAACCAAGGGAAUGAGGCACAGUUUUAUGACAUCCAUGAUCCACGCCAGCAGAAACGAGCAGAGGAGGCACGAAAAAAGAAGGAAGCAGAACGCAAAGAAAAACUUAAGUCUGAAUUCGAUUUUCUGCAAGAUAGCUCCCAAGAAAGUUGGAAGCAAGUAUUUAAUCCAACCCGCAGAAGCACUGACGAUUCCUUUGCUAAAACUAAAGCCUAUGGGAAAGUCAAAACGACCAUUGUUCAUUACAACUACGUGGUCAUAAUGGGUUAUCCAAGCACAGGGAAAACAGCCAUAGCUAUGUUCAUAGCUAAUGAGUUCAAUGGGAAGACAACUCUUCGUAGUGUUAAUAAAUACAAGUUGUUACACUUGAAGACUCCACAAGAGUUCAGAGAGCAGGUUGACCCCACAAAGUUCAUGGUCAUUAUCAUUGAAGAUAUAUUUGGGAAGCAUUCAGCAAAUCUGAAAAAGGUAGAAUUGUGGCAGGAUUUCUUGCAUGAAAUGCAGAUUAUCAUCAAGACUGCUGGUGGUAAACUUAAGUUAAUUAUAACAUGUGGCACUCACAUUUACAAAAACGUGAGCCAGUUUUUGAAGAGGAAACAUCUGUUUUCAAAAUCUCAGAUUGUUGAUAUAUCCGAUGACGUGAAAGACAUGGAUCAUUCGGAGCGAACCGAUGUCCUUCGCAGCACUUCAGGAUUCUUACAAAACAAAGAGAACACAAAUCCAGUGGGAUACACCCACAUUGGUUAUCCGCUGAGCUGCCGAUUGUAUGGUAUUUUCAACUCCUUUCAAAAUGUUGGUCGCCUUUUCUUCCAAGACCCUUCCAAAUAUCUCCUCCAGGAAAUUGACAAAGUAAAAAGAUUCGACAAUACCAUUUAUGGUAUUCUUGUCUACACAGCUUUAAACAAUGGAAGAUUGGAUGUAAGGGGAAAAGAACUGACUGAGCUGGAUCCUGCAGAGUUUGAGAAGAUGAAGAAGGUUUUCAGUACAGUGGGAGUGAAGGUGGACCUUCUGGAGAUGUGGAUCAUUCAGCGGGCUGCCGAGAUGCUGUCUGGGGUGUUCUUCACAUGCAUUUCUAAGAACCUUUACAAGAUGAUGCAUCACCGUUUCACUGAAUAUGUUCUCAAGAGUUUCGAUAUGCUCCACUGCAAUGUUAUUGUAGAGCUGGCAGUGCCGGAAAUCUUUCAGGAGCUUGUCAAGACCUACAACUAUGAGAGCACGUAUGAGAAGAAUGUCGCGAUCUCUCGGUCGAGUCACGACUUGAUGUCAAGGCGACUGAUUUUCCAGAUACUGCAAGGCAACAUCAGAGAGGCCUGCCAGCACCAGGUUUUCACAGAUACCCAGUUCAUGGGUAAUUUCCUUGAAUACCUUGAUCGUAUGGGAACCAUGGAAGCUCUGUACCGGGCACGAGAUAGCGAACAUAUGUCCUUGCUGUUUUGGGCUGCAUGGUAUGGAAGAGACUUGCUGGUGGAAGGAUUUGCCAAGAAUGAAGCACUGAUUCGAAUGGUUGAUGAUGGCUUAGGAGUUGGUGAGCAGAGAACAUUGGCCCUUUUGGCGGCAUGCUACAGAGGAGGAAUAACUGAACUGGAGGUAAAAAAGCCUCUCUACCGCUUCAAAAAUGAUCCUCCCGAGAAGCUUAAACCUGCAUUGGGUGUCCGAGCACUGCUACAGCUAAAUCCCCAGGUCAACUGCAGUCCUCAGAUGACCAAUGCUGAAAAUGUAUUGAAUUUAGAAUUUUCCUGGAUGAUGAAGAACAAAGCAAUGCCACUGCACUAUGCAGUUGUGGGUGAAUCUAUUGAUGCAGUGAUGGCCAUUCUCGAACAUGGUCCAGACGUAAAUGCUAAGACAGCUAUUGGUGAAACACCUUUGCAUUUUGCUGCCAUCCAUACAGAUCCAGCAAUAGCCCAGUUGCUUAUUGAAAAAGGUGGAGAAGUUAUGGUCACAACAGAUGCUGGGAAAACACCACUCGGUGAGGCUGUUGGGCAUGGAAGUGUAAAGCUUGCCAAAUUACUCAUAGAAAAAGGAGCAUCUGUCAACAGUGUUUCUCAAGAUGACGGACCUCUGCUCCACACUGCUGUAUCAAACUGCGACUAUGAAAUGAUGGAACUGCUGGUGGAAAAACACAUUGAUGUCAACCAGAAAGGCCGGAAUGGAUGGUCUGCUCUGCAUGCAGCAUUAUACCUUGGAGACACUAGAUCAGCAGAUUUCCUAAUAGAAAAAGGAGCGUCAGUUGCCGUCCCAGUGUAUGGAAGUAUUGUUCCAUUGCAUGAAGCGAUCGCUACAUCAGAUACCGAAAUCACCGACAUUCUGCUGGAGGGAGGAAUAUCUGUGAACACGACCAACAUGAAUGGCGAAACGCCACUGCAUCUGGCUGCAAAGAAAGGCAAUUUAGAGACUAUUAAGAAGUUACUUGAUUUAAAAGCUAAUCUUACUGUGACCGAUCAUAGCGGUAAACAGCCUUUGAAUCUUGCUGCCAGUGCAAGUAAUAGAGAGGUACUGGAAUAUUUGCUGAAAAGGAGUGGAGGUACAGAUCAUCCAUUUAAGCAGAGAUUUUAAAAGAUGUAAUUGUAGGCUAAGGCUUUUUUCCAGAUGUAAUCAUGGGGAAGGAAAGGUGUACUAUUGUUUUGCAAUUCUUACCACCCAUAAAAUAAAAUACACUAAAGUACUCUUAUAACCAACCGGAAGGGACCAUCAUAGUUAGUUCGUUAUAGCAGUAGUUUGUUGUACACAUUUGCAUAACUUUGUGAUAGUUCGUUAUAGCAGUAGUUUGUUUUACACAUUUGCAUAACUUUGUAAUAGUUCGUUAUAGCAGUAGUUUGUUUUACACAUUUGCAUAACUUUGUGAUAGUUAGUUCGUUAUAGCAGUAGUUUGUUGUACACAUUUGCAUAAGUUGGUCAUUAAUAUAUAGGGAGAUAACACGGGACUUUACCAUCAGUUCGUUCUGUGCAGUAGUUCGUUCUAAGCGUGUUCGUUAUAAGUGUACUUCACUGUAAUUUGGAACUAAAAGCUGCAAUUUUAAUUAUUUAAAUUUUUUUUAUUAACCAUUCAGAAUAGAUAUCAUAGUUCACAGUAUUUUUCUUUAUAUGACGCAUCAUUCUUCGAUAUAUUCAGAUGCAGUUGAUAAUACAUAUGUAUAGGCUACAUCAAAUGGAUUAAAUGUCCAUUGAUGCUCAAAAUAGAACACUUUCACUGUUUAGUGUAGGUGUACUGAAUAGAAAAAAAGGACACAAUGUUAAGUUGGAAAGGUCAGACUACAGCUUUAUGAACAUCAAGUAAACCCAUGAAGUCUAAUAUAUUUUACAUGCUCAUAUACCACUAGAGUUUGAGCAUAAAUUUAAUUGACUAAAACCCCUUUCCCAUCACUUUGACAACUUUUUAAAACAAUAUGGACUCUAAAAUGCCAUACAAAUUGAAUACACUUUUCAGCUUGGAAGCUGACUUUAAAAUGUUGGAUCCACCUGGAUUUCGCUAGUCCAUGUUCACUUGUGAACUAGCAAAAAUGGACAUACAAAUUUUAUUUUUAAAAGAAAACAUUUAUAUGUAAUAACAGUGACUGUUUGUUUGAUUAAAGUGCAUAUGUUUGAAAAAGAACAGUUUUUUUAACUCGGUAAUUGAAAGGCAGAGAACAUUUUGUUCAGUAUCGCAUCACAAUAUGCGAUGCAAGUUUUAAAAUAUUAAACAGUGGUUACUACGGUAAUCAAUAUUCAGUUAGCUAGAAAUGUUGCUAGUCAAAUUUUGAGAACAAAAUGUUCCCUGAAGGGCCUAAUAUAUUUCAGGGCUUGGACUUAAUGACGACAAUUGACGUGGCUGCGAUAUUAAUUGUUAUAGGUUAGGGCCUUUACCAAUGGCAGCAUUUUUGCUGUAGGUUAAGGGGAUAAUUUUUGUUAAGUUUACUUCUUGCAAAAGUUAUAGGUGUACAAUUGCCGACGGUGAGCAUUUUACUAAUGACAAAAAAACAAAAACAUUUUUAAAUUGCUAUAUGUAACAAAUUAUUAAGUUUGAGCCCUGAUAUAUAUUAAUUUUUGUUGAGAAAUCUAAAGAUUAUACCUUGAGUUAAAUGUCUAUAAAAAUUACAACCAAAUAAUUAAUUUGCUAGUAAUUAUUAAUAUUGAUUGGACUGACGUGGUGUCACAGUUUCAAUUUGAAUCGUGUCUCUACAUUGACAGUAACUAGCUGCUCUUUCUGUUGAUUCGUGAGGAAUAUAUUUUGUGUAAAUUAUAUUUUUAAUCAAAGAUUUGUGGGGAAAACCUCUAUUUAAGCUGUGUUACAGCAUAUUCUUGAGUUAAUUGUGUAAAAUGUUAUAGGCAAAGGAGGGGGCAUUUGUUAAGUGUUGUCAAAAUAUAUCCCGAUGUUUAUUUAUGAAAUAAAAUGCAGCUGUCAUUGCUAUUUUGUUUUUUUAAAAUGGUUUUCUAUCUAUUAUUUAAUUUGUUAAUAAUAAUUAUGGUUAAAUUAUGUCAUUAGGAAAAGUAUGUGUUUGGAGUUGUUCAUAAGUGUUAUGUUAUUAUAAUGAGUUAAAUUUUAGUUUAAAAAAGAGAGAUGGGGUAAAAAAAAGAAAGUCUUUGUCUUCAACACUAUGUUCUGUAAUACAUUAUUGUCCUGAAUGUAAAGAAAUCUUAGCAAGUCAGAGCCAAGUAUAAUUGUAAUAAUUUCUUGUUUGAACUGAACUCUUUGAAAAAUAUUUUCUUCAGGCUGUAUUCCUAAUGGCAGUGUCCUGGAAUUUUAAAGAUUUUAGUAGUAAAACGUUAAAAGUUUGUUUUAUUUAAUGUUAUCACUAGAGUACAUUGAUUAAUUGAUCAUUGACUAUAGGAUGUCCAACAUUUUGUAAUUCUGACAGUUUUCAGACACUUUUUGUUGUAAUUUGUUUUACACCUUUUUUAACAAUUGGUUAAAUUGGGUGAGUAUAUAACGUAGUUUUUUCUAUUCACAGUUGGGGAACACGUUUAAAGAAGAAGAAAAAAGAAAGAUUGUAUACAUAUUAUUUUUGAGAGAAAACGGUUAUCUUUUCCGAUUAGCAGCAAGGAAUCCUUUAUAUUCACUUUCCCCCCAUACAGCACAGCACAUACAAUGGCUCUUGUUAUACCAGUUUGGAAUGUAAAAACCACCCAAAUGUUUUUUAGAAAAUGGGUCCACUGAGGGGGUUUGAUCCUUUGACCCAAACACCUCGAUGCUUGCUCUACUAAUUGAAAUAAAUCUUGCUGCUUUAAUAGUAUAAUAUGAAGAAAUAAAAGUAAAGGUUGAGUCAGCUAUACGUCUUGUACAGGCCUCUCAAAAUUGUGAGAACCAUCGUUUCGUUUGUGCAUUGCUCACGAAAAUCUAAUUAUGCAUGACCUACUUUUUGUUCGUGCUAAAUUUGGAGCACCAUUUACUUGGAUAUAAUGUGUUACACGAAAAGGAAAUGGGUUUCUUGGAUUUAUUUUUGCAUAACCAAUAAAUGGGUCACGCAGAUGUAGAAUUUUCACAGGCCUGUGAUAUAUUACUUGCCAUCAUAAAAGGUGUGUGCAUUUAAAAUACUCAUCUGGCAUGAAAAUUAAACAGUUAUUUUUAUUUUGUUUAAUGACACCACUAGAGCACAUUGAUUUAUUAAUCAUCUGCUGUUGGAUGUCAAACAUAUGGUCAUUUUGACACAAUCAUAGACAAGAAACCCACUACAUU